UUUGGUCUUCUCUUACGGUCCUGAGUCCUUGUUCCUCUUCCCCAGUUUGGAGCUCUAGAUCGUGAACCCAGCCUUCCUCCACUUCCAGAGGACUGCUUCCACAAAAACACAUCUCUAAAACAUGAACUUUGAUUAGUGACUCCCCCAGUCUCUCUUCCCCCUCUGCUGACCCCCUGCCACCUAUGUCCCAGGUCUUACUCUCACUCUGCUAAGGGUCGAGGGUGGCAGCAGGAUGCUUCUCUGGUCUGGUGUCUGUGGCCUCUCUCCGCCUCGAAUCUUCCCUUCGCUGCUCGUGGCAGUAGCCUUGGUGGGGCUGCUACCCGUUCUUAGAAGCCAUGGCCUCCAGCCCAGCCCUACUGCCAGCACCAUCAGAGGCUCAGAGCCGCCACGGGAACGCUCCAUUGGGGAGGUCACCACCGCCCCACCGGAGCUUGCCCCCGAGAGCCGCCCUGUUAACCAUUCCUUCACUGAACACAGCCUGAAAUCUCGAAAGGCCUUUCCAGUCCUGGGCAUCGACUACACACACGUGCGCACACCCUUCGAAAUCUCCCUCUGGAUCCUGCUGGCCUGCCUUAUGAAGAUAGGUUUCCAUGUGAUCCCCACCAUCUCGAGCAUUGUCCCGGAGAGCUGCCUGCUGAUCGUGGUGGGGCUGCUGGUGGGGGGCCUGAUCAAGGGCGUGGGCGAGACGCCCCCCUUCCUGCAGUCAGACGUCUUCUUCCUCUUCCUGCUGCCGCCUAUCAUCCUGGAUGCGGGCUACUUCCUGCCGCUGCGGCAGUUCACAGAGAACCUGGGCACCAUCCUGAUCUUCGCUGUGGUGGGCACGCUGUGGAAUGCCUUCUUCCUGGGCGGCCUCAUGUACGCCGUGUGCCUGGUGGGCGGCGAGCAGAUCAACAACAUCGGCCUCCUGGAAAACCUGCUCUUUGGCAGCAUCAUUUCAGCCGUGGACCCCGUGGCCGUGCUGGCCGUCUUCGAGGAAAUUCAUAUCAAUGAGCUGCUGCACAUCCUUGUCUUCGGGGAGUCCCUGCUCAAUGACGCCGUCACUGUGGUCCUGUAUCACCUCUUUGAGGAGUUUGCCAACUACGACCACGUGGGCAUCGUGGACAUCGUCCUCGGCUUCCUGAGCUUCUUUGUGGUGUCCCUGGGCGGGGUGUUUGUGGGCGUGGUCUACGGGGUCAUCGCAGCCUUCACCUCCCGGUUCACCUCCCACAUCCGCGUCAUCGAGCCGCUCUUCGUCUUCCUGUACAGCUACAUGGCCUACCUGUCAGCCGAGCUCUUCCACCUGUCGGGCAUCAUGGCACUCAUUGCCUCGGGAGUGGUGAUGCGCCCCUACGUGGAGGCCAACAUCUCCCACAAGUCCCACACGACCAUCAAGUAUUUCCUGAAGAUGUGGAGCAGCGUCAGCGAGACCCUCAUCUUCAUCUUCCUCGGCGUCUCCACCGUGGCCGGCUCCCACCACUGGAACUGGACCUUUGUCAUCAGCACCCUGCUCUUCUGCCUCAUCGCCCGAGUGCUGGGCGUGCUGGGCCUGACCUGGUUCAUCAACAAGUUCCGCAUCGUGAAGCUGACCCCCAAGGACCAGUUCAUCAUUGCCUACGGGGGCCUGCGAGGGGCCAUCGCCUUCUCCCUGGGCUACCUCCUGGACAAGAAGCACUUUCCCAUGUGUGACCUGUUCCUCACGGCCAUCAUCACCGUCAUCUUCUUCACCGUCUUUGUGCAGGGCAUGACCAUUCGGCCCCUGGUAGACCUUCUGGCUGUGAAGAAAAAGCAAGAAACGAAGCGCUCUAUCAACGAGGAGAUCCACACUCAGUUCCUGGACCACCUUCUGACAGGCAUCGAGGACAUCUGUGGCCACUACGGCCACCACCACUGGAAGGACAAGCUCAAUCGGUUUAAUAAGAAGUAUGUGAAGAAGUGUCUGAUAGCUGGCGAGCGCUCCAGGGAGCCCCAGCUUAUCGCUUUCUACCACAAGAUGGAGAUGAAGCAGGCUAUCGAGCUGGUGGAAAGUGGGGGCAUGGGCAAGAUCCCCUCUGCCGUCUCCACCGUGUCCAUGCAGAACAUCCACCCCAAGUCCCUGCCUGCCGAGCGCAUCCUGCCAGCACUGUCCAAGGACAAGGAAGAGGAGAUCCGCAAAAUCCUGAGGAAUAACUUGCAGAAGACCAGGCAGCGGCUGCGGUCCUACAACAGACACACGCUGGUGGCAGACCCCUACGAGGAGGCCUGGAACCAGAUGCUGCUCCAGAGACAGAAGGCCCGGCAACUGGAGCAGAAGAUCAACAACUACCUGACGGUGCCGGCCCACAAGCUGGACUCGCCCACCAUGUCGCGGGCCCGCAUUGGCUCAGACCCGCUGGCCUAUGAGCCGAAGGCCGACCUGCCUGUGAUCACCAUCGACCCAGCCUCCCCGCAGUCGCCCGAGUCUGUGGACCUGGUGAACGAGGAGCUGAAGGGCAAGGUCUUGGGGCUGAGCCGGGAUCCAGGAAGGGUGGCCAAGGAGGACCACGAGGACAACGACAGGGGCAUCGUGAUGCGGACCAAGGAGCUCUCGUCCCCAGGCACCGACGACGUCUUCACCCCUGCGCCAAGUGACAGCCCCAGCUCCCAGAGGAUGCAGCGCUGCCUCAGUGACCCAGGCCCCCAUCCUGAGCCUGGGGAGGGAGAGCCUUUCAUCCCCAAGGGCCAGUAGCACUGGGGCCAGCGGGCGGUGCCCGUCCCACCACAGACUCUCCCACCAGAGCAGGGGUCUGCUGGCGGGGCUCCCCUCGUCCUUCCCGACCUGGAUUGGCCCUGCCCCUCCCCCUGUCGCAUGGCAGCUGGGCCCACAGCCCCCACCGCAGCACGGCUCCCCCUGCCUCCUGGGAAGCGCCCUCCCUCCCACCAGAACUGCCUUCCCAG